AUGGACCAGUCCGUUCAGCGCCUGUUGAACGACAAGCUUUACGAUAAGCGAAAACAAGGUGCUCUAGAGCUCGAAAAGAUCGUACGCGACGCUACAAUACGAGGCGAACAUGACAGGAUCCAGAAGAUCGUCGACCAACUUUGUCACGAUUAUGCUUAUGCGGUGCACCAACCCCAUGCACGAAAUGGAGGACUCAUCGGGCUUGCCGCGGCUUCGAUUGCUCUGGGAUCGGAAGGAGUAGCUCCGUAUCUCCAGGAAAUCGUUCCUCCGGUUCUGGCUUGCUUUACCGAUCAGGAUGCUCGAGUCAGGUACUAUGCCUGUGAGAGUAUGUACAAUAUUGCCAAGGUCGCCAAGGGGGAGAUAUUGCCGUUCUUCAAUGACAUCUUCGAUGCGCUAUGCAAGCUUGCAUCUGAUUCUGAACUGUCUGUCAAAAACGGUGCAGAACUCCUCGAUCGUCUCGUCAAAGAUAUUGUCGCUGAAUCGGCUUCUUCGUACGUUUCCGUCUUGCAACUAGAGGAAAAGGAUUUAUUGGAUUCUGGAAAGACGCCAGAAGAUGAGAUUUCCAUAGAGCUUCCGACGGCAUUCUCGCUUCAAAAGUUCAUCCCACUAUUGCAAGAACGCAUACACGUCCUCAACCCCUUCACUCGAACGUUUCUUGUAUCGUGGUUGACUUUGCUCGACACUAUACCUGAUCUUGAGCUAGUAUGCCAUCUGCCAGCGUUUCUCGGAGGCUUGAUCAAAUUCCUAGGAGACCCUAACAAGGACGUGAAUGUUGCGACCCAAGGCCUCCUUGAGCGGUUUCUAUCAGAAAUCAAGAGAAUCGCACGCAUUAAGAAAGGUAUCGCAGAGAGUAGAAAGAGCAAGGAUGAAAACACCGCGGUUGCUGCUAGCGAAAACGCGAGUAUUGCUACCGGUAACAGCGAAGAAGUCAAAGGAAGCGACAAUGCUGUGGCAGAUUCAGUUUCUGGUGAUUCUGAAGAUGAUGAAAAUAGCAUUGCUCUCGAUGGAGAUUGGGUACCGGGACAAGAUGCCUACGUAGAUUAUCCGAAGAUACUGGGGAUAUUAGUAGGCUUUGUAGAUACUACCUACGAGGAGGAGAUGCAACUAAUUGCCUUGCGGUGGAUCGAUAACUUCUUCGAAAUCAGCCCCGGAGAUAUUCUGCAAUUUGUUCCAGCUCUUUUGAUACAGGUUCUUCCAGCGAUAGCGAGCGGCUCUGACCAAGUACGUCAGGCAGCAACGAGAGUCAACACAUCUCUCAUGGAAUAUAUUGUCUCUCUUUCAGAAGACAUUCCUGAAACGAGUCAGCCAGUUGCAUCGAAGUCAGGCCCAAGUGCCGCCAAGGAGGAGGAAGACAGAAGAGCAUCGACGCAGAGCAUAAGACCGCCACUCGAACAUUCCUUCAGCUCUGGCCCAUCUUCUAAUCCUCCGUCUGACUUGGACUAUGCAGCCGCUGUUAGUUCUUUGACUUUACAGUUUCUGAACGAGAAUGAAGGCACUAGAGUCGCCGCCCUUUCAUGGCUGAUCAUGCUCCAUCGCAAAGCACCUCGCAAGGUUCUAGCUUUCAACGAUGGCACUUUUCCGGCUUUGCUGAAAACGUUGUCGGAUCCCGCGGAGGUUGUCGUUACCAAGGAUCUUCAACUUCUUUCUCAAAUUUCUCGAAAUAGCGAGGACGGCUAUUUCACGUCCUUCAUGGUUAACCUUCUUCAGCUCUUCUCCACAGAUAGAAAGCUGCUAGAAGUCCGCGGAAAUCUAAUAAUCCGCCAACUUUGCAUGAACCUCAGUCCUGAGCGUAUUUAUCGAACCUUGGCAGACUGCCUUGAAAAGGAAGAAGACAUUGAGUUUGCCAGUAUAAUGGUGCAAAAUCUUAAUAAUAAUUUGAUAACAGCACCGGAGCUUGCCGACCUCAGGAAAAGACUGCGAAGCUUGGACUCCAGAGAAGGACAAGUCUUGUUCGUUGCGCUCUUCCGAUCAUGGUGCCACAAUGCAGUGUCGACAUUCUCUCUUUGCCUACUUGCGCAAGCUUAUGAACAGGCCUAUAAUUUGCUACAGAUCUUCGCGGAACUUGAAAUGACGGUAAACAUGUUGAUUCAAAUCGACAAGCUAGUACAGUUGCUGGAGUCUCCAGUUUUUACAUAUCUUCGACUUCAGCUCCUAGAGCCCGAGAGAUAUCCGUUCUUGUAUAAAUGUUUGUACGGUGUACUCAUGCUUCUACCGCAGAGCUCAGCAUUUGCUGCUUUGAAAAAUCGUCUCAACAGCGUGAGCAAUAUUGGCCUGCUACACAGCCCGCGCCCAUCAGCCUCUACUAGUGGAAACUCCUACGAUCGCCCUGGAGGUAGCCGCUUGAAGAGUCGUGAGGAAUCCAUCCGGUGGGUGGAGCUUCUCGACAAAUUCAAGAAUGUCCAAGAAAAAUCCAAACGCUCGCAACGCAAUUUACAGCGUCAAUUUGAGCGUGAUUUGGGAGGAAAUGGCUUGAAACAACCUUUAAUGGCGGGCGCAGUUAAUGCAGCAUCGGCAAUAGACCAGCAGGGAGGAAGGGAUAAGACACUUCCUGACGUCCCCAGGGGCGGUUUUGGUAAUACAGGGCUGGGUAUAUCUGGCCGUGGAUCAGAUGGCGGCGCAUCACGAGACGGCCGAUCGACCCCAACAUCUGGAAACAAGGGCAAAUCUGGCCUGGGCAACCUUGUAAGCAAUAGCCACCGAUCUAGAGAUGAUCUUCUUUCUAACCCCGAACACAUUUUAGUUGACUAUCUGAUCAAUCCUAAAUCGCAUUAUGAGCGGAAACCUCGUUUAGGCGCCGGCGUGGCUAUUAUCGUGGUCUUUUAUAUGUUGUUGUUCCCUGUCAUUGCUACGUAUCUACGACUAUACUAUGUUGUUAUAUUUACACCGGACUUCCUCCCGCGGGGGGCUUCAUGGAAUGGGUCUGCAUCGGAAUACGGACCCAGGCCUUCGAGAAGACGUCGAAAAGGUUCAAGAUCGCGGGGAGGUGGACACGGGAAUCGAGAAAAAAGAAUACCAUCGACGACCGAGGCCGUGGAUAUCGAGAAUCAGGCAGGCGGAGUCGCGUUCCCGCUUACAGACUUUGCCCAAGAAAGUUUCUGGACGAAGGAUGCUUUCAUCUGUCAGGACGAUGGGCGACCGGCAUACUGCUCUAAGUGUUGCCAGUUCAAGACUGAUCGGUCGCAUCAUAAUAGAGAUGUUGACCGCUGUGUACGAAAGUUAGAUCAUUUCUGUCCUUGGGUUGGUGGAGUUGUUUCGGAGAGCUCUUACAAGUUCUUUCUCCAGUUCAUAUUCUACACCGCAUUAUUCACCUGCUUUACUCUGAUCGUGUCUGCCAUCUUUGUUUCCGAGAUUCAUUCAGAUACUGGUAGUGUCAACCCUCACUGGGCCGUAGCCCUAGGCUUGUCCGCGUUGUUCUUUCUCUUUUCCGGAGGAAUGAGCGGCACGUCUCUUCAGCUAGCAUCAAUCAACGUGACCACAAUCGAGAAUAUCAACCGAUAUACUAAAAUCUGGAAUCUGGCCAUAUAUAUUCCACCGCAUCAACUGCAACGCAUUUUUGGACCUGAUAAUACCGAUAAAAGCCAAUGGGCCCAAACUUUCCGCACCGUCACAUAUCCACUUCAACCCAUCGACCCUUCCUCAGCACAGGCCAACAAUCCUCCUACAAAACCAAGCAUAAACGAGGCCGCCAAAAAUUCGCGCACUUUUGCAAUCUUGACUACUCAACCGGGGGAAAACCCUUUUGACUUGGGUGAUCCUACCAAUAAUCUGCAGCAGGCCAUGGGAUAUACUUUGUUGGAUUGGUUACUGCCUUUGAAAGUUUCCCCGUGUGUAGACCAUAGCAGCCAGGAGAGCGCCUAUCCAAUGGGCCCGGUUGUCGAAAGACUUAAACGAGAUGCAGGUCUUUCUAUUACCAUGGAAGAUGGGGAAAGGACUCAUCGAAAACGUCGUCAUCGAAAAUGGAAGAAGGAACGGACCGAUAAAGAAAGUGAAAAUUCCAGUUCUGUUGCAGAAGGAAACGAAGAGAGGUAG